AACCCUAGAAUCAGUUAUAUUUUUAUCGUUUCUCUCCCUUCACCAAUGAUGCUCUUUUGACAACGAUGACCGAAAAAAAUCAAAAAGACCUAUUCGAUAGAGUUAAAACUAAAAAAUGGGAAAUGGCAAAGUUGCCAGCAGGAAGCAGCUUAGGGUGUUUAUUUUCUUGGAUAGGAACUAAAGGAGAUUAUGAAAGCGCCCAAAGAAAAGCAUUAACAACAAAAGGUUGGAGGAGAUACACAAGUACAUGUACAAGUGAAGGGAAACUGAUGUUAGCUCGUCUUUCAGUGUUGAUGUGGGGUGGAGUUGCUGCAUAUGUUGCCUACAGGUUCCUGAGACCAGAAAGGAAAACAAAACUUGAAAAAGAACCAGUUUGAUAGAAUAUAAAGAGAUCAUCAUAUUUAACAUGUUUAAUUUGAGCUUGAAACAAUUUGUUAGUGGGUAAAGCGAAACACACAAUGUGUGUUACUUC